GGCCACGACGGAUAUCCCAUGGAUCAAACGGUGAUCGUCCCGUCGACUCCUCGGGGAAGCGCCGUGGACAACUCGAGGAUCGCAAUGAAGAACGAGACAGACUCGAGUAUUCACAUUCAAGAUCAAUCGACGGUCUCGAACUCGGGUCCAACGGUGGUCCCUCGAGCCAAUCUAACCAUUGCUAACCCUCUGUCUCAGGAUCAGAGUUUAGACUCGUUGAUGUGCAGCCAAUCGAGCACCGAAUUGCCGAGGAAGCCUGGAGCUCGGCGCCAGGAGAAGCCACCUUACUCUUACAUAGCGCUGAUCGUGAUGGCGAUCCAGUCGAGCCGCGAGAAGAGAUUAACCCUUUCAGAGAUUUACUCGUUUCUCCAGCAACACUUCCCCUUCUUCCGUGGCGCUUACCAAGGAUGGAAGAACUCCGUCCGUCACAAUCUCAGCUUGAACGAGUGCUUCAUCAAGCUUCCAAAGGGUUUGGGCAGACCUGGCAAAGGCCAUUACUGGACCAUCGACCCCUCCACGGAGUACAUGUUCGAAGAGGGAAGCUUUCGCCGGCGGCCACGAGGCUUCCGUCGCAAGUGCCAAGCGCUGAAGCCUCAGUACCCCCAAUACUUUUCCGGAAGCGGGCCUGUGAGCGUCCAAACAGCCGGAUACGAGAACUUGGCACCCGGCGCGAUGGAAUACGCGAACGGUUAUCAAAACCAGUAUCAAAAUUACCAGGAAUACGCGAUGUACGCGCCGGGUGCCGCGGUUUCAGCCGAUUGGCCCUACCCCGAGGCAACGUAUAAAACGCCCCCCAUCGCGGAAGUGACUUACAAGACUACGGAGGUCACGUACAAAACUGGGGAAUCGUCCGUGUACAGGAAUGGAGAAAUAGUGGCGUUCAAGAGCGAGCCCGGAUACGUGGCGAGGAGUCAGGAACAAUUGACUUACAGAGCCGCGGAUGGAUUCUCCGUCAAGGAUCACCAACAACAUCAUCCGGAACCAGUUUACAAGGAGAACGAGACUAUGAUGUCCUACAAGUGCCCGUCUAAUCCCGCGCCUACCACCCAGCCACCUGGCCAAGAUUAUUACGUCGGUUACGGUCUUGCUGGGGUCAAUAAUACCGGAACAAACAACGUGAACGUUGGUAUGCAGGGAAUCCAGGAACAAACUGGGAACAGUAGUCCUGUGGGCAACGUGAAUUCACCGCACAGCGGAUGCCAGACACCUGUGACAGAUAAUAGUAUAAAGAUGCAAUGCUCGAACUCGAAUUCGAACAGUUCGGGAGGCGGGCUGAUCGAUCGUAAACCAUCCUACUUUGGCCAUCCAGCCGGAUCGGUUACCUUGAGCUCGUUGAGCUCCCUAAGUUCGCUAAAUUUGAGCAACAUCGGCGGAUUGAGCAGUGGAUUGAGUAUAUCGAAUAUACCUGGCGCAGUUUCGUCCAAUAUCCAUCACACGGCGACUAGCACACCUCCAACGACAAUGUAUUACGAUCCUAUUAAAUACAGUAUGUCGAACGUGUGACGAUCUGAAG